GAUUUCAAUUGGAAAUUUGUUAAUUUUCGUUUUAGUUUUUUUUAAGAUUUAAAAUUUAUCAGUUAUAAAAGGUUAUAAAGUAGAGGUAGCAUUAUUUCUCUUUUUAGUAAUUGUAGAACUUGACUAAAUCACAAAAUUAUGUAUAACUACUCAGAAUUCUUAAUGAGACAAACAUUAACGAAAAUACAAAAGUGAGGUUAUAGCUCUUAGAUAUUUAAGGCCUAUUUUCUGCUAAAACCGCAUUAAAACGUUGAUAAUUCCAAGCGAAAAUGGACGAUUUUGCUUGUCCAAGAUGCAGAACAACAAAAUUUCAAAAUCCCUCCUUAAAAAUGAUGGUAAAUGUAUGUGGACACGGUCUGUGCGAAAGUUGUGUAGAUCUCCUAUUUCUCAAAGGCUCUGGGAGUUGUCCAGAUUGUAAGAUCCCUCUAAGAAGAAACAAUUUCCGUGUCCAACUGUUUGAAGAUGCAUCUGUAGAGAAAGAAGUCGAUAUACGAAGAAGAGUCUUAAAAGACUACAACAAAAAAGAGGAAGACUUUAGUUCUUUAGCUGAAUACAACGAUUACCUAGAAGAAGUCGAAACAAUAAUCUACAAUUUAGCAAAUAACAUAGACGUAAUAAACACAAACAAGAAAAUCGAACAGUACAAAAAAGAAAACAAAGACCAAAUACAGAAAAGUAAAGGAAGACUGGGCAAAGACGAAUUUGAGCUAGAAGAAUUGCUUGAACUAGAGAAGCAGAUGAACGAAGCGAGAAAACAAGAGAUUCUGUUAGAAGAGUCCCAAGCCAAGAAGAAGAAAGUCCAAAGAAAGGAAGCUUUGAUAGAUGAACUGAUGUUCUCCAAUACCGACGCUAAGAAUAUAGUACAGAGUUUCGCGCAGCAAGCCAAGGAAGAACAGGAGGAGGAAGCAAAAAAACCGCCUCAAAAAAAGACGAAAUUCUCUACGGGAAUAGAGUUUGGGAGGAAAUCACAAGUCUCAUUCCUUCCAGUACCUACGGAUGAUGGGCCACUGUAUCAAUACACUCCAGUUACUUUGGAACCCGAUGGACCUCAGCCCCCAGCAGAAAACGAUGUAAUAACCAAAGGUUUUAUGAACCAUGUUAGAACUGAGACAGAACAAGAAAGAGCUGGUGGUUUCCAAACGAAUAUCGCUUGUAUGCGAGCACUACAAGAAGCCAUGAUGGGUUUAUAUCACACAAAGAAAGUUCAGUGUUAAUUUUAUAAUGUUUUUUUUAAGUUGUUUAACGUAUUCAGUUGUUAAUUUAUUCUUAAAUACAGUUUAUAUAAUAA